AUGGCCAUUGUCCCUCAAGCUGCGACGAUGAAGGGCGGAGGCGGAGUAUCGUUCAGUUAUCCGCAACUGACGGCGACGAACUACACCACCUGGGCGAUCAAGGUGGAGGCGCUGAUGCAGGCCCAAGAUGCCUGGGAGGCAGUAGAGGAAGCGGACGGUGCGGACGUGGACGCGAGGAAGGACAAGACGGCGAGGGCGCUUCUUCUCCAAACGCUCCCGGAAGACAUCCUGUUGCAGGUGGCGAAGAAGAAGACUGCAAAGGAGGUCUGGGGCAGCCUCAAAACGAGGUUCGUCGGGGCAGACCGUGUCAAAACUGCUCGGUUGCAGACGUUGAAGAAUGACUUCGACGUCAUGCAAAUGAAGGAGGGGGAGACGCUGGAUGACUACGCUAGCAGACUCAGCGGGAUGUCCGUGAGGUAUGCAAGUCUGGGAGAGAUGCUCGACGAUGCGACGCUGGUAAGGAAGCUCCUCAACACAGUACCUGAUAGGUACUACCAGGUGAUCGCCGGGAUCGAGCAGUUCUGCGACCUCGACACCAUGCCAUUCGAGGAAGCAGUCGGGAGGUUGACGGCCUACGGGGAGCGCGCACGCCUGCGCAACCCCAGCGGGAGCAAUGACGGCCAGCUUCUGCUCACCCAAGCCGAGUGGCAGACGCGGCAGGAUAGAGUCGGGAGGGACUCAUUCUCGAGCAACAGGGGCAAGAGCUGUGUCCCUGCAGAAGGCGGCAACCGCAGCCGGGGUGGUCGCGGUCGCGGCAGGGGCCGAGGCAGAGGCUUGCGCAGCGGAUCGCCGCGCAAGGAUGGCUCAGGCGGCCCUGGUGGCAGUAGACGCGACAAAAGCCACAUUAAAUGCUUUAACUGUCAAAAAAUGGGCCAUUAUGCAUCUGAAUGUAGGAGCAAACCAUGCAAUGAAGAAGUGAACCUCUCAUUCAUGGAGGAGGAGAAACCGGCGUUACUGCUGUCUGCGAGCGUUGAGACACGCGACCUUGUUCUGUUGAAUGAGGAGACGGUGGAACCGCAGCUUCGAGCCGGAAGUGAGGAUGUCUCCAGCACCUGGUAUUUUGACAAUGGUGCAAGCAAUCAUAUGUCGGGUGAAAAGAAAAGUUCCACAAGCUGGACGAGUCAGUCCAGGGGCACGUAA